CACCCACAUGAUAAUGAAAGUGAAAAGAACAGGCACACAUCCCUGUCUCUGUAUGAUUUACUUGGGUCUUACUAUUGUUGUUCAUUUUAACCUGUAACGUACUAGAGGGUUUAUACAAAUCUGAAGCUGAUGAAAUGAAUGUGUUCAGAGUUGUGAUAGCAGCAGCACUUCUGCUUACAUCUGAAGGGCUUUUGGUACAAGGGCCUUCUCAUCCUCUGGUUGCCCAACUGGGGCGUUCAUUAAUACUGCCCUGCUAUGUGGAAACUCCAUUAGCACUGAAUGAGCUGGAGGUUGAAUGGAAAAGGACAGAUGAACAAAUUUUAGUGCAUCUGUUUCAGAAUGGAGAAGUUAGACCUGAGUCUCAAUACCAAUCUUACAGGGGCAGGGUACAUUUUGUGUCUGACCAGAUCUCGAAAGGAAACUUUUCAAUUGUUUUGGAAAAUAUAACAGUUGCUGACACGGGUAUCUACGAAUGUGUAGUUUACUCUCACAAGGAUGUUGGAAAGAUCUCUGCUCAAAUUCAACGUGUGGAGCGUGUAGUUGUGACAGGAGACCACAAUGUUGUGUUUGCAUAUGUCGGUGAGGAGAUUGUUCUGAACUGCAUGGUUGACUCGACUAUUUCCCCGCACCACUUUGAGGAGGUCUCAUGGAAGAAGAUUGAUAGAAUGUCAGACACUGUCCUCGUGUUGCUUUUCCAAAAUGGGACACCAUUCCCAGAAUCAUCUCACAUGCAUUACAGAGACAGAGUCGAGUUCUUCACAGAGGAAAUUCCCAAAGGCAACUUUUCAGUUAAACUAAAAAAUGUCCAGACUUCUGAUAAAGGAGAAUACAUGUGUGAAGUUCACACAGAAUAUUCAGUGACCUCCGGCACUGUGACAAUAGGCCGGCUGGGAAUGUCCACUCUACACAUGAUAACAUUGAUGCUUUGCUUUAGUUCCCUGUUGUUGACUUUUGUCCUAAGCUUUCCAGUCACAAUCUAUAUAAGCAGAAAAGAUACUAGCACAAGGACAAUGUACAUUCAUUAUUUCCAAGUUGUCUGUCCCAACAUCUGUUUAUUUAUUGCAUUUUGUCUUUGGGGUGUAAUUGAGGGGUCUGUAGUUGAGGUAGUGAUGUGUGCAAUCAUUAAUGUGACCAGGAUCGUUUUGUUACUUCUUAUGGCCCCAUAUUUUCACUGGAAUAAACUCAUUUCAGUUGAUGCAGGUUCCAUCCAGAAAAUGAUUGAAUUCACAAGUAUUCCCAUUGCUUAUUUUUUUAUUGCCACAGCCUUUUGCUCAGUUGUUCUUCAUGAUCUUUGGAACUCAUCUGAGUGGACUAAUGCUGUACCUUGGAGUGUUGGGGUUAUUCUGCUGUCAUUUUUCCCAGCAUUUUUUCAAGCUUUAAUUAAUGUUUGCUUCACACAAUUUUUUGAAGUCAAAUUUUCCCUUCACUUUAUAUUAAGAUCUUUAGGACACGUUCUCAUGCAGACGAGCAACAUUAUUCAAAUGAGACUCUUUUUCCAUAGAUCACCAAGUUCUGAUGAAUCCAUGAUUACAACGACAAAUGUCUUUGGGGGAGUAAGUUUUGCCAUAUCUUUCAUAAUUCUUCCAAUUCCAGUUAUUCAACAAUUCGUGUGUGCCAAGCUUAACGACAGGCAACUUCAUAAACUUAUAUGGAGAUGUUAUUUAAUUUGGGUAAAUGUUAUGGUUCUUACGCUGGGUGGGCAUAGUAUAUUUAUUGUGUAUUAUCUUAACACGAUUCUGGAGUACAGUAAAGAGCGUAUUGGAUGGAUAUGUGUCGCACUUCUACAACAUAUUUUGACUGCAAUUGCACCUGGGCGAUUCUCUGGAGCAUUUCCUGAUGUAAUUUACACCGUUUUAUUCAUGUAUGGCGCAGCAUGUCUGCCAAUGGUCAAUUCUGUUUCUCUUGCUACAGAAUUAAUACUACAAGUGUACAAGGGUGAGAGAACGAUGCAUGACCUGCGUGUAGUAGUGCUGCCAUUUGAAAGCGUUAUGUAUGGUGUGUGGCUGAUCUUACAGAUUUAUGCAUACUGGAAAUUUUCAUUGAAAGAUAUAAAGGAGGAGCUGAAUGUACUAAGAGACGCUGUGGCAGAUUGCACACCACAGCUAGCUCAGAUAGAAAAUGCUGGUGGGGCAGACCGGCUCAGAGCAAAUACCCUUACUGAAACCAGAAGACGUCGGCCAGAAGCAUUGCCAUUCCUCAGUCAGCAUGAACUAGACACACGGGUUUAAUAUAUUCAAAAACGAUCAUUUGACAACAUGUACGAUAUGAACAAAAAUGUAGUAUGAGGCUAUAUAGUGACCUGUAAGUGUAUAUGUGCUCCUGUACAUUGAUAAAUCAUUGCAUCAGCAACACAAAAUUCAUGGUUUCGAGUCCCAGGGAACACACAUAUUGAUAAAAAAAAUUUUAGAUUAAAUGUUGGUCUCGUUGGAGAAAAGCAUCUGCAAAAUGCAUAAAUGUAAAAGAAAAGUAUUAAAGUUAUUAUUUUUGUAUAUUCAUGUCAACCUCCAAAAUGUUUACUGUUAUUAUUUCUGUAUUAUUAAUCUGACUGCAAGGAUUUUAUUACUGUAUUUCACAAAUAGAUUCAUGUAGCCAUUUGAAUAACAUUUCAAAUUGAACAUAGAGUCAGAGAGUCACCUUAACACAGAUACAUUAAUCUGUCCUUCCUCC